GUUUGUGUGUGUGUGUCUUGUCCACAAACCAGCUGUCUAGCUGAAAGAGGCAGCAGCUGUUUGUCAUCGGCGUCUUCUCCAACAAGGUCAAGAAACAAGAUCUGGGCUCUAGUCUGUAAAGGUAAAUAAUCUUCUGUCGAGCUUCAGGUGCCAGCCAGGAUGAUUCUUGCAACAUUAAAAGGCAUUGGGAAGCAGCUCCUGCGGGUGAAGGUUGUGGACUGUAACACAGAGGACUCCCGCUUGUCUCGAUGCCUCAACACGUUUGACCUGGUGGCCCUGGGCGUCGGCAGUACGCUGGGUGCUGGAGUCUACGUGCUUGCUGGCGCUGUGGCCCGGGACAGCGCUGGACCCGCCAUCGUCCUCUCCUUCCUCAUCGCUGCCCUCGCCUCCGUCCUGGCUGGUCUGUGCUAUGCCGAGUUCGGAGCCCGUGUCCCCAAAACUGGCUCAGCUUACCUCUAUAGCUAUGUGACCGUUGGAGAACUGUGGGCCUUUAUCACAGGCUGGAACCUCAUCCUCUCUUAUGUCAUUGGAACUUCAAGUGUGGCCAGAGCAUGGAGCGCAACCUUUGAUGAGCUGAUUGGGAGACACAUUGAGAUAUUCUGCAGACGCUACAUGACCAUGAAUGCCCCAGGCAUCCUGGCUGAGUAUCCAGACAUAUUUGCUGUCUUCAUCAUAAUCACCCUGACAGGGCUGCUUGCAUUUGGAGUAAAGGAGUCAGCCUUGGUAAAUAAAGUGUUCACCUGCAUCAAUGUACUGGUGCUGCUGUUUAUGAUCAUAUCUGGCCUGGUCAAAGGAACCCUAAAAAACUGGAACUUGAACCCUGAAGAAAUCCUCAAUAGCACCAGCAACUCUAGCCUCAAUGUGUCUGAUUCCUUACCGACAGAAGAAAGUCUUGGUGUCGGCGGCUUUAUGCCUUUUGGCAUGACUGGAGUUCUCUCAGGUGCCGCCACCUGUUUUUACGCCUUCGUAGGGUUUGACUGCAUUGCCACUACAGGAGAAGAAGUGAAGAAUCCUCAGAGGGCCAUUCCUAUCGGGAUCGUGGCCUCGCUCCUUAUUUGUUUUGUGGCAUACUUCGGUGUGUCCGCAGCCCUCACUAUGAUGAUGCCUUACUAUCUGUUGGACAAGAACAGCCCACUGCCAGUGGCCUUUAAGUAUGUGGGCUGGGAGGGAGCCACUUAUGCAGUGGCCAUUGGCUCUUUAUGUGCCCUGUCGACCAGCUUACUAGGCUCCAUGUUCCCAAUGCCCAGAGUGAUCUGGGCCAUGGCAGAAGAUGGCCUGCUCUUCAAAUGUUUGGCCAAAAUCAGCCCACGAACCAAAACCCCUCUAACAGCUACCGUAACAUCUGGUGUUGUGGCAGCUGUAAUGGCUUUCCUGUUUGACUUGAAAGACCUGGUUGACCUCAUGUCCAUUGGCACUUUGCUGGCCUACACUCUGGUGGCUGCCUGUGUGCUGGUCCUCAGGUACCAGCCUGCACAGCCCAGUGCGGCCUAUGAGAUGGCAAACACUAAUGAUGAACCGGAAAUGGCUGAGGCGGAUAAUGAAGGGAACAUUGACAUACUACCACACCAGGAGGAUCGCUGCACCAUCAAGAACCUUCUUUUCCCUGCAAACGCAGAUCCAUCACCUCUGUCUGGGUUUGUCGUCAACAUUUGCACCAGCGUCCUCGGUGUUUUGGUGUGUGUCUUCAGUGUUGUAGCUGUUCAAGGAGGGCUGGCAUCCUGGUCAGUGCCUGUCCUCUGUGUUAUCAUGGUGGUCUGUCUGAUUUUCACCUUCAUUGUGUGGAGACAACCGCAGAGCAAGGCCAAGCUUGCCUUCAAGGUCCCCUUGCUGCCCUUUGUCCCAGUCAUCAGUAUGUUCAUCAACGUCUAUCUGAUGAUGCAGCUCGACAGAGGAACCUGGAUGCGCUUUGCCAUCUGGAUGGUUUUAGGUUUCUUUAUCUACUUUGGCUAUGGUAUUCGCAACAGUGCAGAGGCAGUGUUGACCACAUCCAGUGCCUACACACCAGCCUGCACAAUAACCGGAGAGCCCAUGGCCCCAGAGAAGGAAGCCUUCCUACACAACACACAAGACGCAGGCGGAGACGACGAUGAAGAUUGCUGA